AACGCUUCCCUGUCAGUCAAACAGCUUAUAAGGUCGCGUUUCGCAAACAACUCUCAACAAUUUACAUGCAGAAACAAAAACGAUUUAACUCUGAAUAUGUAGGAUGUGUUCGACGAUUAGUGCCACUAGUGGGAAAUUGAGAGUCUAGGCCCGCUGUGCACACAGAGAGAGAGUUUACGCGAAUGUAGUUAUUGAGGUUAUGUUUGUGUAUUGUUUUUGUGUCCAAAUCCCCUUUUAUACUAGAUAGAGUCUCGCCAAAGGCUAGUUUCUAUAACCAUGAAGAACUUGAAGAGAAAGCGGAAGGAAGCGUGUCCUUCGCCGAUUCUGGAUGACAGCCCCAAGAGAACGAAAGUUCAAGCGCAACGAAAAUUUGCUCAGAACUCUGGACUACACAGUCCGAUCAUCAGUCCGAUCCGCGACCUAGAAGCGGACGAUCUUCCUGAUACCAGCGCAUCCCCCGAACCUGUGGAACUGCUGCCAAUGAAGCGGCCCAAUACCGAAGAUUUCUUGACGUUCUUAUGCUUCCGAGGAACCCCGAUCUUAUCGCCCUCCUUACAGUUCUUCAACACCGCUUCGAUUGUGGCCGACGGUCAAGUGCACGAAAUCAAAAGCGAGUCGCCGAAGAAUGGGCCGAUUGAUAUAGCAAAAUGUGCAGGAAAUUCGGAAAAACCGUUCAUAGCAUUCGGGGUAAGAAAGCGGGCGGAUCCGAUUGUGAUUAGCAGACAAAUGGAGAAGAAGAGAAGACACGCCCUGGCAAUACAGGCUUUGCGAAGAAAGUACCAGGAACAGAAAAUGGCAAAAAUCCGGGCCUUAACAAUCAGCAAACUGAGCGAGAAAACCACCAACAAAACUCUGGUGAAAACCAACACGUUCCAGAAAACGGAAACAGUUACCAGGAAAACUAACACGCUGCAGAAAACGAAAGUGAUUGCAACUAAACAUGUGAAAGUCACCACCCAAACGCUGAACACGAAAGUGAAGCCGAAAAUGUGUUUGAGGAGCUUCAGAGGCAAGUUUGUUCAAAAAGAGUUGCCCUUCCGGCAGCGAAAACUCUUGGCGGAGCGAGACUCUAUCUCGCAACGACCAGUUGAUAUAAAAAAGGUGCUUAGAACGAGUAGGAACAGCAAUAAGGGCUGUUCGACUGAAACCAGGCCACAAGCAACAACCGUUAAAAAGCUACCAGACCCAAAGCGAACUGGAGCCAGCGCUCAAAUACCCAAACCGGAAUUAAGCCCAUCAGUUAGAGCUCCAAUCGUAUUUACGUCUUCAAUAAAACGCACGCAAAUGAAACGACGCAUUUCACUGCCGUGCACAAUAGUGAGCACCAUCAUACGGCCAAGGUUGAGGUCGACAACUGUAAAAAAAUCCGUAAUUUCGAGGAAAAAGGCCCAACAACGAACCAGGACUAGCUUCAACAAAAGCAGCCGCCAAGACAAAUCGAUUGAGAUUGCCAAGGAAAAUACGUCUAAAAAACCCACCCACGAGAAAGUGGCCACCAAAAAAACGCCCCUGAAUGGAACAGAAGCUACUGAUUCACCACAAUCGCCCAAAGCACCGGAAGUCUCAAAAAGAGUCACCAGAAGAGAUUUCGAUCUAGGCAAAAGUGACGUCCGAAAGGAAGUGGCGAAGAAUUUCGAAAUGACUAAGCAGGUGAAGAUCGACCAAUUGGGGACAAAAAAAAUGGUGAAGAAGAAUCUGACGAUGAAGAGGGACUUUAGCCUGAAGACCCAAACCAAAGACGUGAAGAAAAGGGUGGCUGUUCAAAAGACCGUUGACACUGUCUCGGAACGCAAUGAGCUCGGCCAGAAAAUCACGCGCGAUGUUAAAACAGUGGAAACCACUAUGGAAAAAGUGGUAACACGCAGAUCAGAAGAGGCCAGAAUUAGCAAAAGUCCUGCGCAAGAAGAAACAACCGUAAAAGAAAAUGUACAAACUCCGAAGGAAGAAACUUCCAAAAGAAGAUCGAGGAGCUCCAUCAGUCAAUCUGUUGAUCUGCCUCCUGAUGGAAAAUCCCCAAAAACUCCCAGUACCGAUGACGAUAUUGGCUUUGCUGGAUUCAGCAGAACCUGCAAAUCUUCGAACUUAAGCCCCAUCCUGAAACUAGCGAGUUCCAAAUUGCCAGAGAAAAUCACCAAAGACUUACCAUUAAACCAAGCAGUCCAAGACUCAGAUAAAGUCCCUGAUACUGAAAGUGAUAAGGAAAGUUCGCGACGCAUUACUAGGGACUAUGGCUCCAGACUAUCCGAACCAACAGCGAAGCGAAAAAGUCCAAAUUCAACUAAAAAGCCACGGCCCGGUCCCUUCGACGUAAAAGUGCUGAAGGACUGUAAGAAAGAGCCGUCUUCCAAGAAAUUAGACGACGAGUUUUCCAAGAAAAUUCAACACAUCAUUGACAGUGCUUUAAAGGAAGUCCAGGACUUGAAACAUCAACAGUCCAAAGUUUUGGACCAGACCUGUAAAUCAGAGCAUGACAAAAAAGAGGACAAUUUAAAAGCAAUUGCGAGUGGCAAUUCUUCGGUAGAAACUCAUACUCAGUCCUGUGGACAGCUACAGGAGAAGAAGGAACCAUUAGGGGCUCUGCCGCAAGUCAAGGUGGAAACCGCGAUGCCUGAAGCGCCAGUUGAGGUGCAAGUAAAACCCACUUCUGUGGAUUUGAUAGCAGCAAAAAAGCCCGAUCAGCCCAUGAAAUUAUCGAAAGUAAGACGCUUCACAUCGAAGCCUGGAGAACCACUAAAUGCUAAAAAGGUACACAUUACUGCAGAGGAUUCCGAAGUGUUUAUGACCCAAAGUUCGCCAACUUAUUCAGCUAAAUCUCCCGAAAAAGAGCCAUUGGAAGUGGCACAACCAGAAGAGUCAAUGCAGGAAAAACCCGCAAUUAAGAAAGCGAAAGCGGAUCAGCCCACAAUCGAACAUUCGCAAAAACCUGCCAAAGAAGUUGCCUCAAAUAAAGCAACGAGGCCCAACCUGUUACCAAAGAAAAGCUCUGAUGAAUACACGAAGAAAAAGGUGGUUUUAAGAAAAGAAGCAUCUGAGCAAUGCAUUGCGAUUGCCUCGUCGCGACCAAGCAGGAAAACUAAAGAAGCCGCAGCUAUUUACAUGGAAAUUUUAAGCCACAAGCUCGUCAACGAAAGUAUAAUAGACGACGACAUUUCCAGCGACAGUUUUCCCGAGUUGCCGAAUGUUAAGAAAACUGAGCGACGGGAGAACGAGUUGAAAGCCCAAGCCAAAACCAGCAAAGAGGAAGAGAAAACUGCGAAAAAGCCCAGCAAACCUGAAGCAGUAGCUGUCGCUAAACCCACAACGUCUACUGACAAAACUUUCAAAGCCAAACCCGACAAAAUGGAAACUGUGAAAAGUGAAGCUGCGGUUUUACCCUCUAAACCAACUGGGGCCAAAAAAAGGGCGACUCCUCUUACGAUCGCAUCGGAUGACGAUUCAGAUAACGAGGUUUUGCUGGCCAAAGUCCGCAAGUGCGUAGUUCAGAGAACCGGAAAAACUGAAGAUAUUUCGAAGAAUUGGCUGAUAAGCGAGGAAAAGUCUUCGACUGAGCAAGAGACUGCGGCUAAACGGCCGAUCAGGCGCUGCCUGCAAAACCUCAAGGAAUCUGAUACUGAUUCAUCGGACGAAUCGUUUCACAUUGACAUCAGGGUGCCGCGGAAGAAGAAAAACACUCGAAGUCGAAAUGUUCGAGCGGCUCCAUCUCCAAGUUUUCUACAGCAAAGUGUCGACAUCAUCUUGCAGGCAGCUCGAGUUUUAGAAGAGAAGCCCUUGGAGGUUUUGCCUUCGACAGAAUCAGUGAGCAAAUCAUGCGAAAUUCCUGAAAGUUCUAAGAAGUGUGAACCUGCAAAGGAAGCCAAAGCCUUGAUAAGCGAUUCAGAUGAGUCCACCACUUCGGAUAUUAAUCUGAAAAGCCUGCAGGUGAGGCAAAGGAACAAAAAACUGUCGAAGAAAAACAACUCCAAGUCUUCCGCUAAAUCCAUCAUCAGCUUCAGUGAUUCUGAUGAAGAGCCUUUGGCGAAGCUCACCACCAAAAGCAUUCGAUCCACUAAUGACACCGAGGAUUCAAAGAAGAAAGUGCACAAGCCCAAACCACCGAAAAAGACAAUCACUAGAUCGGAACUUAUCACCGAUUCUAUCACAGUAAUGGAGCCGAAGCCUAGGCGCGAAUGUACUAAACGGCCCUCCAACUAUCUUCCAAUGCUGUCCAGUAGCGACGAAGACGAGUCGUAUUUCCACGGUUUUAACACUGCCAAAGAGGACUUGAAGCCAACGGGCUUUGUUCAAUCUUUGGCGCCAUCGCUGGAUCUGCUGAGCAAAGAUAUAGGCCGGAAAGAGAAGGUGAACAUGUCCAAUGAGCAAAUUGAGCAGUGGCUGAAAGACUCUGCGCUGGCCAGUCGCAGUGUGGCGAAGGAAAACGACGAAAUGUUGAAGUUCGGGGAAAAAAUACCCACAGAAGUGGCAACCGGCGGCCAGAUCGGUGUGCGUGUAAAACCCAGCGUUCCCGAUCAGUUGAAAUUGACUAUUGCGAAACCGGAGCCGAUUAGCAGUAAAAUAGAGGCGACAUUGCUCGGCGACAAGCCCAAAGUGAAGUCGCCACUAAUGGACCGUAAGUGGAUUUUCAAGAAGAACAAGAAGGAGUCAAUGCCGAAUAAGCAAGCGUUUUCUCCUGAAAAUGAAUGCAGUGUUUACGCGUUUGGGGAGGAGAAUGAGGACAUAGUUAGCACUCCCUUUAGACGGCCUACUAGAAGGCCGUCCAGUACGGCAACCUCACGGUCUGAAGACGAGCUGUCGAAGAACGACGACUCUUUAAAGCAUGGUCAGUUCAGAAAGCCGAAUCCAUCAGACUCGGAAGAUUCCCGGUGUUUUAACAUACCCCAAAACCCUACAAAGCUGCCCAAAAUUAACAAGUCGGAAAGCAUGGUGCCGCCGUCGAAUUACCACAGCAAAAGACAGACAAAAACCGGCGCAGAAAGAUUUCCUGAGCCGUUUGAUGAUAGCAAAUAUAAAGUGCCCAGUUCGCCGAGCGCUAGCAGCGGUAGCAGCGCAAAACUUUCCAAAAAAGGCACCCAAAAGGCCAAAGGCAAAGCCUGGGAAUCCAUAAAUCCUAUCUAUGUAUCUGAUUUUCCUAAACCAACCGAUCCGGCCAAGCUGGUCGAAGCCCCAGUUUUUCAUCCCACUGAGCAAGAGUUCCAAGAUCCUUUGGAGUACAUUGAGCGAAUUCGACACAAGGCCGAACAGUUUGGGCUUUGCAAAAUUAUUCCUCCAAGUUCCUUCAAGCCGGAAUGUAAAGUUUCGGAUGAUAUGCGAUUUACCGCCUACAAUCAGUAUGUACAUAAAAUGCUUCAUCGGUGGGGCCCCAACUUCAAGGAGUUCAUAGCCAUUCGGAAGUAUUUGGCUACACAAAGUAUUUUUUUGAAAACCGCCCCUUUGAUCGGUGGCAUGGAAGUUGAUCUGCCGCGGUUAUACCAAACCGUCCAAAGCCUUGGCGGUUUGAAAGAGGUGAUUGAAAAGAAAAAAUGGUCGAAAGUGUCCGAUCACAUGAAAAUCCCGAAAUGCGCACAGGACCGCGUGACUAAGUUGGAUGAUAUUUAUUGCAAAUACCUUUUGCCUUAUGAUACUUUGUCGCCAGCCGAACGUGAAAAACUGUUCGACGAAGUGGAAACAUACUGGGCGGAGAAGGAUUCAAAGGCCACACAAGUGAUUGCUGAUGGAAAAGCGGAGCACAAAUCCGAAGAUUCGUUCGAUCAAGAGGAAUAUUUUGACUCGGACGACAUUGAUACGGAAGAAUGUACGUUGAAGGGCAAGAACAUGGCGCUUAAUGCUUUCUACCGGAUUGCGCGCAAUACAAUGUCUAUGUACUUUAAAGUGACCGAUCCCACAGCGUCCGAAGUGGAGCAGGAAUUUUGGCGGUACGUUACGCAGAAACAGAACCACAUUUGCGUGCAUGCAGCUUCAAUAGACUGCGGCCUUUGGGGAUAUGGCUUUGCUGUGUCGAAAAACAGCCCUUUUGCGAAGCACCCUUGGAAUCUGAAAGUCCUUUCUAAUAACAACGGAUCUGUCCUAAGAUCGCUUGGACCGGUCAUGGGAGUGACAGUUCCAACUCUUCACGUUGGCAUGGUGUUCAGUGCGUGUUGCUGGUAUCGCGAUCCACACGGAUUGCCCUGGAUUGAAUAUUUACAUACAGGCGGCAGCAAAGUCUGGUAUGGAAUUCCUAGUUCGUCAUGUGAAGUCUUCCAUGCGGCCAUGCAGAAGUUGGUUCCAAACUACUGUCGUGCAAAAGAGCUCUGGCUUCCUUCCGAUACUGCAAUGGUUCCGCCCGGCAUGUUGAUGGAACACAAUGUUUCCUUGUGCAGGACAAUUCAAGAACCUGGCCAAUUCAUAGUAGUGUUUCCCAAAGUGUUCACCUCAAGCAUUAGUACUGGCUAUGUGGUAUCAGAGAGUGUCUAUUUUGCGCCGUUACACUGGCUGAAAACUGCUCGCAAUUUGUUCAAUGACUUAAAAAACAACUGCGAGCCGUCGAUGUUCUCUUUGAACAAGCUUAUUGUUCAAAUAGCCAACGAUAGUCGAUCGAGUGUGGAAGUGUUAAGAGUAAUCGUCCCAUUCAUAGAAGAGCUAGUGGCAAAUGAGAAUGAGAACCGACGAAAAAUCAGAGCGUUAGCGCAAAUAACGCAGGAACGAAUGACAUCCACUGAAUCCUUGGCUAAAAAGAAACGGAUACAAAAUGUAGACGGUGAUUUAGAAUGUGAAGUUUGCCGAACGAAUCUCUUCGUGUCCAUGAUUGUUGAUACCCAAGAAGACUUAAUUUACUGUCUAGAAGACGCUAUAAAACUAGUGGAGCACAACAGCGAAAUGGGGAAAAGGCUGAAAUUGCGUUACUGCAUGGACGAGUCGGAAUUGACGAAUAUUUCAGUGAAAAUCCACUCAGUGAUCGAGGGGAAGCUUCAGAAAAAACUUACAAACAAACAGCCGUUAUUGCCUAGUAAUCCUUCCAAGUCACUUCUUUCCAUAUAGGCUGUAUGCAAAGGGAUUGAAAAUCCAUGUGCAAAGUUAACGUCUUUAUUAUUGAUCAGCAGAUUGCAAUAAUUAAAUUCUGCCGAAUAGAAUAUGCUAGGAAGUAAAAUUCUUUGAACUUACUAUCCAUUGUCUAGCGUCUACCCAGACGCAACAAAACGAAUACACAGGCGUCCAUGCCAAGCGGCGGUUGAUCAUUUAUCAAUAGGAAAAUCAGAAUAUAUUAUAUAAGCCAAGGCUGGGCCGCCGUGUGGAUUGUAACUUAAAUUUGCGUUUUUCAAAUUAAAUUGAUUUAAGCUUUAGCUGUGAUUUCUCUUUGAAAAUCGCUUACUGCACAAAUCUAAGAUAAUCUAAUUAAUAUAAAAUGAACUCUGUAAGUUUAGACAAAACCCGUUCACUUUGUACAUCAAAGAGAUUAACGCAAAACAUGUUAUUGUGCAUCUUUAAUAGCUUUCAUAGAUCCUCUAACGGCUUUGUUUGUAACUUCUUUGUGUUUACUCGUAUUGUUGCUGAAUAUGUGUUAUUUUUCGCAAAAUUAAGGCUUUUUUGUGGAUCAAGCGCGCUUCAGUAUUCUACAUAAUUUAUUUGAUUUUCUUGAUUUAAAUAAAAUUAUUCGCAGUACUGA